UCCGGCCGCGGGGAGGGUCGAGCACAGGCGCAGUGGCGGAGCCGGAGGACCUAUCUAACCUUUUUUUUUUCAACUCCAAAUCUCUCACGGCGACACCCCGAGAAAAAAAAAUAAAAAAUAAAAAAUAAAAACCCCACCUCCACCCCCCCACGCCUUCACUGCACCUUACGUCCCCGCCCACGUGUCUCCCCUAGAAGAUGACUUGCGACGAGGAAGAUGCGCCGGGCUAAAAUUACCGCCGACCUUCGGAUCUCUCUCAGCUGCAGCGAGGCUUCGUGACGCCGCCGCCGCCGCCCCGGGAGCACUUCGGCUCCCGCCGCUGCCCCACUUAACACCCCCUUCCCUUUACCCCCGUCUCUCCUCCGAAACACGCAGGUGUCGCUGGGUCUUCGGGUUUUUCUUCCAUCCAGACCGAGGCAGAUGCCCCUCCGGCUCUGUCAUCCCGGCUUGUACUAUGGUGGAGUUCCCAUCCCUCAGCCCUUACUGGCCCCUCAUCCGCUUCCUGGUGCCUCUGGCGAUCACCAACGUUGCCAUCGACCUUGGGGAACAGGCGCUCAACAGGGGCAUAGCCACAGUCAAAAAGGAUGCGGUGGAAAUGCUGGCCAGCUACGGCCUGGCCUACUCCCUGAUGAAGUUCUUCACCGGUCCCAUGAGCGACUUCAAGAGCGUGGGCUUGGUGUUUGUCAACAGCAAGACGGACCGGAGGAAGGCUGUGUUCUGCAUGGCGGCUGCAGGGGCCAUCGCGUUUGUACUGCACAUCUUGAUAGCUUACACAGAUUUAGGAUACUACAUUAUUAAUAAGCUCCACCAUGUGGAUGAUAUUGUGGGACAGAAGACUAGAAAGGCGUUCUUAUACCUGGCUGCAUUCCCUUUACUGGAUGCUAUGGCGUGGAUUCAUGCAGGGAUACUUCUCAAGCACAAGUACAGCGUCAUAGUAGGCACAGCCUCCAUUUCUGAUGUCGUGGCCCAAAUUGUGUUCGUGGCCAUUCUCCUGCAAAGUAAUCUGGAAUGCGUGGAGCCUCUACUCAUCCCAAUUCUUUCCUUGUAUAUGGGUGCCUUGGUUCGGUUCAGUGUCGUUGGUCUGGGUUACUACUGCAACAUUCACGACAACAUCCCAGACUCCAGCGGAAUCGACGUCGGGGGCGAUGCCACCAUUAAGAAGAUGCUGAGUUUCUGGUGGCCUCUGGCCCUCAUUCUGGCCACUCAGCGCAUCAGUCGACCCAUCGUCAACCUCUUUGUGUCACGUGACCUCAAGGGGACCACUCAGGCCACGGAGGCAGUGGCUGUGCUCACAGCGACAUACCCUGUCGGUCACAUGCCCUACGGCUGGUUAACUGAAAUGAGAGCAGUGUACCCAGCCUUUGACAUGAACAAUCCCAGCAACAAGAUGAAUCUCAACAGCCCCGUCACCAAGUCGCAUAUCAAAAAGUUUACAUUGUGCUGUCUGCUGCUGUCACUAACACUCUGUUUUGUGCUGUUCUGGACGCCUCAUUUGUCGGAGAAGAUCCUGGUUGACAUCAUUGGGGUGAAGUAUGAUUUUGCUGAGCUGUGUGUGGUCCCACUCAAGAUUUUCUCCUUUUUUCCUCUGCCAGUGACUGUUCGGGCUCAUUUGACCGGAUGGCUCAUGACCCUCAAAAAGACCUUUGUGCUUGCCCCAAGCUCAAUUCUCCGCAUCGCUGUCCUCAUCAUCAGUCUAGUUGUGCUGCCUUAUUUGGGGGUUCAUGGGGCCACACUUGGUGUUGGAUCCCUCUUAGCCGGCUUCAUCGGGGAGUCAACAAUGGUUGCCAUAGCAGCCUGCUAUGUUUAUCGACAACAGAAAAACACUGAGAUGUCCAAUGAGCUGGUGGUUGAGGGCGAGGACUCCGCUCCGAUGAGCGACGUGUGCUCCAGGUCUCAGAUGGAUGCGAUCGAGGAGCUUCAGGAGGAGGAGGAAGAGGAGCAGGAGUGAGCUGUGGAGCAGAGGAAGCUGACCUCAGCGUGGUGCUUUGCUGAAGAGGAGGCCGCCAGAUGUUCUGAUGCCAGGAGAGGGGAGAGGGGGGACCUGAGUACCGUGUGGUUUCAGAGGUUGUUUGGACAGAACUGAGGUCCUCAUCUCAUCGACCUACACUACUUUAACGCACACUGUAAAGAAAGCCAUGCACCUCCAAGUGUUCAUCCAUCAGUGUAAAUAUUGUCACGUCUUCCAACCUUUUCAACAUUUCUUAGUUGUUUCCAUCAUCUCUUCAGCAGGUGUACUAACCGUCUUCGUGUAUACUGGUAAACAAGGGAACUCGACACAGGAGAACUCUUCCUCCUCCGCGGCAAAACCCACACGUCUGUCGAGUGGUGGUGGAGUUGCCAAAAUGCAGAGCUCAUUAUUUUACGUUUCGUUAUCAAAAUUAAACAGAAAGGCCUUGCUUUGGUUCAAAUAAAGACAUUGUGGGAUUUGUUGGGUUGUGCAAUCGUAUUUUACAUACCACGGUGUACAGACUGUUUUAUAUACAGAAGGUAAUGCAUUGUGUAUAUUUAAUUUCUCUGAGGGGUCAGGAAUCCCUCAUUAUAUCACUGCGUGUUAAAGAAUACAGUUAUGAUUGUUCACUUUCCAUGCAGUCUGGUGGUCUGAUCUACUUUUGUUUUGCCAAGCAUUUUCCUGGUAGUUUUCAGACUGUCUUAUGUACUGUAUAUACUGUAUAGGCAUUCUUAUUUGGCAAAUAAACUGCUUUAUUAACAA